AUGAAGCUGACUUUUGUUAUUUCAAGUAACAAGGCUGGAGCUCUUGAUUUAUUGAAGGAGCUUAAGAAUAUUCCCAUGACCCUUGAGUUGUUACAGUCUACCAGAAUUGGAAUGUCAGUGAAUGCAAUACGCAAGCAAAGUACAGAUGAAGAAGUUACAUCUUUAGCAAAAUCUCUUAUCAAGUCUUGGAAGAAACUGUUAGAUGGACCUUCAACUGAUAAAGAUUCUGAAGAAAAGAAAAAGGAGCCUGCAUCUUCCUCGCAAAACAGCCCUGAAGCAAGAGAAGAAAGCAGUUCAAGUAGCAAUUCCAGCAGCAGGAAGGAGGAAGGUAGUGCUCCCUCAAAUUCUUUCAUCCCUUCUUUUCCCCGGGCUCCAAGCACUUCGGAUUCUGUACGAGUGAAAUGUAGAGAAAUGCUCUCUGCAGCUCUCAGAACGGGAGAUGAUUACAUUGCUAUUGGUGCUGAUGAGGAAGAGCUGGGUUCUCAGAUCGAAGAAGCUAUUUUUCAAGAAUUAAAAAACACUGAUAUGAAAUACAAAAAUAGGGUACGAAGUAGAAUAGCGAAUCUCAAGGAUGCAAAGAAUCCUAACCUAAGGAAAAAUGUGUUGUGUGGGAACAUUCCUCCUGACAAGUUUGCCAAAAUGACAGCAGAGGAAAUGGCAAGUGAUGAGCUGAAAGAAAUGCGCAAAAAUCUGACCAAAGAAGCUAUCAGAGAGCACCAGAUGGCUAAAACAGGAGGCACCCAAACUGAUCUGUUUACAUGUGGCAAGUGCAAAAAGAAGAACUGUACAUACACCCAGGUUCAAACCCGCAGUGCUGAUGAACCCAUGACAACGUUUGUUGUCUGUAAUGAAUGUGGAAACAGAUGGAAGGUAAGAGUGUUAGACUGCUCUGCAUGUUUUGUAGCAGACAGGCGGGCUCUGUGCUUAAUUUUGCUUUACAGUAAUGACAAAUAAGUUUCUGUUGACUAUUGGUUAUUUCUUAGCCCCUUAAUGAUAUUACAUGUGGAUAUUGCAAAAUAA